AUGUGGCAUGUGGAUUGCGUCACCUUUCUCAAGUUUCUGCCUUUGUUCCUACCUGCCGCUCAACUUCUGCAUUUGCCACAGCAGCUUCGCACAGCCAUCGAAAUCUUGCAGUUUGAAGCCAUCAACGCUGCAUCAGCCCUCGAAGUUCGUUUUGGAUUUUCCGACAGCAUCUUGUUCCCGUUGGCUGUGUUGCUUAAAGCCACUGCGAUUGCGUCGGGCAUGCCUGCCAUCUUUUACAUUGACACAGUUCAUGGGCUGAUCAAUUCGCUGUUCCAUCGUUGCCUGUGUGUGAACUUGGGCGAGUUUCCUGAAUCUCGCAGCCGCUAUUGGUUUUCUGGCACGGGGAAUGUUGGUGAUGGAAACUCACCUGCCGUCAAGCCUCUUGUUGCUUUGCUGGAUUCCGUUCUUGAAGAGCGCUCGCAUUUAUGCGUGGGUGCGGCAGCAUAUCGGUUCCAUUAUCAGCAAAGUGGCACCACUGCCGCAGCAGUCGACAAGCUUCGAUUGCGAAGUGGCGAGACAGAUGUGAGCAAGUUUGUGGACUUAACGCAUUUUUAUCUUGCGUCUCACGUGUUCGAAACCGAGGAGUCGAUUGUCGCAUCCUUGAGCGAGACGGAGCCUGUAUUGGCUCGGUACCUCAGCGUUAACCAAUCACUUCUGGACGAGUUGUGGCCGCAUGUUCUUGCAGACACUGCGCCCUUGCAGAACGAUCUGAAUCUAAACAUCUCAGAUGCUGCCUUCACUGCCAGCGUGCAGUUCAUGCACAGACGCUACCUCCGAGGACAAUCCAUUUUAGCCGUGAAUGUGGGCGAGACAUCCUGGUUGCGUUCUGAUGCCGUGCAUCUCACCGACCAGCAGGUGCUUUUUCUCCGCAUUCUCGCGGUUGUUCAACACGUUCUGUGA